AGUAACAUGAGAGUGUCCAAGAUGUCAUAUAUAUAAACCCUAAACAUCUCCAUGUGGAUUCUAACAACUGUUAAGCAUUGUUCAUUGGUGUUCUACAAUGGACCCUAGGAUUUCAUUCUCUAACGAUUUUGCGGAUGUAGGGAUCAAGUAUGAGAACAACUAUUACAGGGAAGCUCCGGUAUCGUCGUCGGAGUUCGAAUUCUCCGUUAAAAACUACGCUAUGAUACCGGCGGACGAGAUCUUCUUCAAGGGUGUGUUGUUGCCUUUGAAAGGUGAUAAUGAACAUGGAAGGAAGUUGACCUUACGAGAUACGCUACUCCUGGAUGACGGUGAUAAUGGCGGCGGUUCAUUCCGGCAGAAGGGUUCGGGGUGGUGGAAAGAGAGGUUGGGGUUGAAAAAGGCUAAUGUGGUGAGUAAAAAGAGGGAGAGAAAUGAAGGUAUCCAUGGUGAACAUAUUAUUAGCAAAUGAAGCAAAACAAGAUUAGGUGAGA